CGCACAAUCGUUUACAGUCGUUCACUUGCCACUUCACUCCUUUGCUCCUUCCCUUCCCUUUCUCCUCCUCAUAUCAAAGCACGAGCAAAGCAGCGCCUCUGAAUCGCCUCUUGUUCUCCUUCUGAGUAUCAAGCACAUUAAUCUUCUCUCGUUCAUUCCCCCAACCCUUCGAUAGGCACUGUCAAUCUAUUACCACCACCAGCAGCCAGCAACGUCAAUAGAAUGAAGGUCACCACAAAGCUCCUCCUCCUCCUCUCCCUCCCUCUCCUCACAGCAGCACAAUUAAACGGCCUCACCAAUCCACGGAUCACAAAACGCGCAGCCCUUCCUGAUCCUGUCGAUCAUGCCUACCGGUAUCGACGACUAUUGGGCUUACCACCAGACAACCCCCUCGAUCCAACAGGAACAACGACCAACACUGAUACCACCCCCACAACUUCCACUGGAUCUACGUCCACCACAAGCACCUCAUCAUCCUCUUCCUCCUCAUCGAGCACCUCCACAUCGUCGUCUUCCACCAGCUCAUCGAGCACCCCCACCUCCUCUCCCACACCCACCCCACCAACGACGAUCCAGCCGGGGCCGGGAGUCACGUCGUUCACAAACAGCGCAGGUAUCUUGGCAGUCCAAACUGUUACGUCUGUCGUGUUCCUCGCACCUUCAACCAGCCCGAGCGCGACUGCUGGCAACUCAACAGCAGGAACUACCGGGGGCACCAGUGGAGACAAUACCAUCUCGCAGUCGACUAUUAUUGGCCUAUCCGUAGCAGGAGGCAUUGCCGUAAUUGGCAUCAUCGCGUUUGUCAUCUGGAAGUUCACGAGGAAGCGCUUUGCUGGACUGGAUGAUUUCGAGGACGCGAUCAAGUGGCCGGAAUACAAGCACGGCGACGAUGAUAUGACCAUGGGUCCGCUUCCAACGCGUGCAACAGGCGGUGCAGGCGUGGAAACGUCUUCGUAUGCGCAUUCUGAAGUGGACUUUGAUGCACAUUCCGUCACAGGUGGGAGCACAACCGACCUUGUCGCUCCUGUCAGUUUCGCAUCCAUGCCUUAUUCUCAGCCUAUGCCUGCACAACCGUACUACGACGACGGAUACGGCCACGGUGCUCAGCCAGGCCAAUAUUACAACCAAACAAGCAUGGGCUACGCUCCUGGGCGGACGACCAGCCCAGGACCUCAACUUUCCCUUGCUGUUGGCGGUGAUGGCACACAGGACAUGUACCGCUCGCCGACACGCGGUAUGGGGGCUGGACCGGCGGGAAUGAUGUCUGCCCCGCAAAGGGGCGCGUCGAUAAACACUGCGGAAGAUGCUGGCAGCGUAUACGCUACGGCCCGCAGCCGGAGCCCAGGACCCAACAUGGGGCUCAGUGGGGAAAUGGGCGAGCGAGGACCGGGUGGUCUAGGGUUCGGGAACACGCGAUGAACACUAGGGAGACUCUCGCUGGCUCGAGAAUGGACAUUAUGGUGACGAGUCGAUACAUUUGGGGAGAAGAGGACGUUGUGUAUGCGUAUGUGGUUACGUUUAUUGCUCUAGUCUGGGCGCUGUGCCCCAGCACACACUCACUUGGCCGUAUUGUUGUUGUCCCUGCGGGGUGCCUGCGCCUCGCGCUGUUUGGUAGAUGCUUUCCUCAAUGCCUUCUCUUCCCCCUCACCUGCCGCAUGUUUACCUGCGUACCGCGAUCCCACAGCAUCCCCAAAUUCCCCGCAUACCAAUUUACCUCGGCUUCAUUGCAUUCCUGACAUCUUCACCACUGCUUUUUGCAUUUUCGAACUGAUUCUUGUCCUUUUUAAAAACAUUUCGCUGCUUGUCGUUAUAAUGAUACGAAUUAUCAUACCG